AUGACAAAUCAUCACCAUCCAACCACGACGACGACGACCACUUCCUACAUUGUACUGCAAGAAGCCAGUCUCGACCAUUUGGGUCUCCUCUCCAUCGUCGAUCCCAACCUAAUGAUCCUUGAUGGCUCCAACAUUCCUUCAUCAUCUCUCAAUCUAGAAGACCACAAUCAGGGUGGUGGAGUGGAUAUCGAUAGUAUGCACUCUCUCAUGUUGGAUCACCAUAAUGAUCAUCAUCACAUCAACACCCAACCACCACCUCAACUGUAUUCAACUGAAUGGAUCCCAUCUGAGACUCAGUCACAUCCAUCACAUUAUCCUCUCCAAAAUUGUAUGAUAACGAGCCGUCUCUGUGAUCCAGCUGCCACCAUGAGCAAUUCAUGGCAACAAGUUUCAAACGAGUCGGUAACCACACAGCCAUUCUCUGAUGCUGCACUGCCAGAAUUGUCGUCAUCGUCAUCAACAACACCACCACAACAAUCGUUGUCAUCCACUUCCUAUCCACACUCUGUCCAGCAACAACAACAACAACAGUUUGGUUUGGAGAACUAUUCUCAUCCAACAACAACAAGAAGAAAUUGCAACAACAACAACAUGUCGUUCCUUCCUCUCAACAACCAACAUCAUCACCUACAACAAUCUACUCAAUUCCCACAACAACCAUUCCUUAACAUUGCAGAUGUGCAGCAACAAUCACACACGAAUCCCUAUCUCCUUUUGCAAAGACAGGAAGUACCACAAAAUGUCAUCAAUCAAAACGUUGAAUUGGAUGAUUUUCACUUCCUUUCCACAGAUGACACUAAUCAGAUCAACCACAACAAUAACAUCAACUCUUUACUCCUCGAAUGUUGUGUCCCUUCAAAUCAACAAGUUUCAGAUGACAAUGAUUUGUUGACUAUUUUGGGAUAUUUGGAAGGAAAUGAUCAAAAUGGUGCUUUUCAUACCCCCACCAUGAAUAAUACUGUAAAUAACAUUCUCUUCUCAUUAGAACAACAGAACAACAACAUCAUGAACAACAACAACUUGAAUCAAAUUCCACACUCUGCUCUCCACCAUCGAGAUCACAAAACUACUCCUUCAUUGAUCAUGUCAUCUUCUCACACUUCUACUAAAAGUAAUAAUAGUAGUUGUGAAUCCAAGAGUGUCAUUUCAUCACACAGUGUGGGUAGCAAUGAUGUUCGAGAAGAGGUCAUGAAAUCAUCAUCAUCACUGCUACUCUCCCAAUCAUCAUUGAUGAACAACAAAUCUGAGUUGUUACAACAAGGAAUAACAACAACAAACGCCAGCACUUCAACCACCACUACUUCAACCAGCACUACAUACAACACCAUUAAGGAUGGACCUAAAAUGCAUAUCCUCAAUGAUGAUGAUACAACGAUGCGAACCACUGAGAGUGCUCGAUCGAAACGAUCAGCCAUGAUGAUUCGUUGGUUUCAUUCCUUAAUUCAUACCUCCUUAAAGGAAGAAGAGGAGAUGAAUGCAAAAGAAAGUGAUACAAUUCUUGAAAUGACUUGUGAUCCUAAUGGUUUUACUGAAAACAAUGGAACUUGUCGUCCAAGAGGAUCCAAAUUCUCUGUAUUCGUCAAUGAUUGCAUCAACAUUCACAUGACUCGUAUUAUGAAGAGAAUUCACUUGUUGAAGCAACAACAACAACAAGGUCUCACCAUUCUUGCAGGUAAUCCUCAUCAUUCUUCUUCCUCCUCGCCAUCACUAUGGAUGGAAUCGUUUGAAUCGAAACCACUCCAUGAAAUCUUUAUGGAGGAGUGUCGUGUCGAGUUGUGUUCCUAUCUCGAUGAGGAUGAUUCCUCAGAGGCCAUCAUGGUCGAAGGUUUUGAAACACUCUCCUCCGUAUUGGGAGGAAUGUCUUUCCAACAACAACAAGAUUUGGAAUUCCCUUCAUCGGUGGUCUUGCAAUUACUCAUCAAACGAGACAAUAACAAUAAGAGAACUGCUGCUGCUGCUGCUUCCAGAAAGAACAGCAAUGCAAGCUGUAAUCACUCCUCUCACAACUCUUCCUCCUCUUCACUCACCACCGAUUCACAGAAGGGAAGAAAACGAAAAAAGACGGAUGGUGGUGCCUCUAAGAAGGUUUGCUUUGUGCGAAUGGUACUCGUUUCUCAGGAGGAGGAGGAGGAAGAAGAAGAGGAGGUUGAUGAGACAGAGUUGUCGUUCAACAGUAAUGCUGGUGGUGCUGGUGGUGCUGAGGGAUCAUCCCCUCGCGGCUCGUCUGUGGUGGUCUUGGCACAAAGUGAUAACUUUUGGGCUCGUUCCAAAACAAGACAAGAGAUGGAGAGAAAGAAGAAUCGUGCCUUGGCUCAGAAACGGAAAAAGUCUCUUAUAGAGGAGGAGAAUGCCUCUCAAACUCAUCACAAUGGUAACCAUUCAGAGGCUUCCUCGUCUGAAGACUUGAACCUCAUUGUUGAAGAGGACUCGAAUCAUGAACGGCAUGAGAAGGAUCAUGAGACAAGUCAAAAGAAGAAGAGAAAGACGUCCAAGACAAAGAUGACUACUUCAGAGAGUAAUACUUCUCAUGACCUCAAAAAGACCUCAACUUCGACGAGAACAACGAGUGCAAAGAGAAACAAGAAAACGACCUCUGCCAAAACAUUGUCCACUCUCACCUCUGCCAACACGAAUACUCCAAAUUUUACCUAUGAUACAACCAUGAUGAAGGGAGGAAUGAACUCGGCAAGCUAUGGAAUGGUGUUUGAGAUGUAG